AUGCGGAGGUUUGAGAAGUCCUUCGAUAAAAACAAGAUGAAACACAGGGAGAUCAUGAUAACGAUUCGACGUCGGCAUGUUCGGUUAACGAUUAUGAGGUUCAGGGCUAUCAUGGUUGAAGCAGCAAACCUGGUGGAAGAGGCUAAUUUUGUCUUGGGAAACAACUAUCAUACGCCCGUAAGGAGGAUCUCCUCCAAGAAGAGAGGAAAAUCAGAAAGACAAAGCCUUGCAGGAAGUGCCUCGAAGAGAGAAGAGACGAAGGCUGGGAAGGCUCCGGGGCCCGAACCAAAACUCAGAAAAGAGAUCAAGGCCGAGAAAGAAAAGAAGGUUCGGCCAGUGUCAUCUAAGACUACCGGAGUACCUAUCCGCAGAUUCCUUUCCUUGGGCACGACUAUAUCCAUUGAGAUCAACAGGAGAGUUCAAUCUGGAGUUCUAGAAGUCUCCCGCCUGACCGAGGAAGCCAGAGCCGUCUUGGCCGCCAUUCAGCAGUACAGACCGAAGAUUCGCAGAAUGCCUGUCUCAAAACUGGCAACGCCGCAAGCUCUGAACCAGACGCUGGGUUACGCAAUCCGAGAAAUUUUACAUCUGACAGAGGAAGCAAGGACCAUCAUGGCUACCAUUCAACAGCGUAAACGACAGAGUUCUUGGCGCUUCAUACGACGAUGGGGCCGUGAUGCUGAUCUGAUGCCUAUCGGUCCUGGCACCUCGCCCGUGGAUUUAUUGGCGUAUGCGCGCAGAAACUCCCGCACAUGGCAGCUAGGUAUCCAACAUCUUAAAAAGGAGGUCAACAUGAUCAAAACUCGGAUCCGUCAGCGUAAGCGCGCACACCGCAAAUCUGUCACCAGCUUGCCACGAAUCACAAAAGAAGAGCGGCUGCGCGUGCGACGGGUAAGGCAUGCCGUGAUCAACGUCGUCCAGUACCCAUCGCGCAGCUGGGUUGUGCGGAAAAAACCAGUUAGUGGGGAGACUAGCAAGGCUAAGUUGUUGAGGCUGCGGCAGAAGGUUUCAGAGAAGAAGAGUAAGAAAGAGGGGCUUGCACUGACAGUGGAGCAGUGGCUUACAGGCGGUGGUAGUUAUGGUGGAUGA